AUGGGCCCUGCAGCUGGCCCUGUCUCCUUGCUGCGCUGUCCUGGCAGGCAGGUCUUUGUACCCACCGACGUGCCCCACUUCUUGCCCAAUGGGCAGCCCCCUAGAGUGGACAUGAAGAGGGACAGGGAGGGCAGCCAAGGCCCAAGGCCUUUGGGUGUAUCGGCCCAGCUCUCCCGCGAUUGCCCGCGGGACUCUGAUUCCGUGUGGGACUCGCGCUGUCCCCUCCAAGCCCCGAGUCUCGGGGCCAGGGCCGGGGGUCCCGGGCCCCCAGCCUCAACCCCGCUCUCACCCCCGUCCCGGGCCCGACCCCGCGACCCCCCUCUCACCUGUCGCCCCGGCCCCGCCGACCCCGCUCUCACCCCGACCCUGACCCCGCGAACCCGCUCUCACCCGGACCCCGCCCCCGCGACCCCGCUCUCCCCCGGCCCCGAACCCGGAGACCGCUUUCACCCGGACUCCGCCCCCGCGACCCCGCUCUCCCCCGGCCCCGAACCCGGAGACCGCUUUCACCCCCUCCCCACGCCGCCUCCCAUCCUGGCCUCGUCACGCCGCCUCCCCCGCCCGGUCUCCUCCACUCCCGUCGCCACCGGGUCCUUCGACUGCUGGGCGACGGGCAGUCGCGUCCGGCUGCUGCAGGCGGUGGACACGGAGUACACGGCGGACUCGGUGGAGUGGUGCCCGCUGGAAGGCUGCAGGCAUCUGCUGGCCUGCGGCUCCUACCAGCUGCGGAAGCCGGAGGACCAGCCCGCCGACGCGGAGGGCAAGAGUGGAGUGGACGUAGACAAGCCUCACAUCCGUGUAGGACGUCUCUGCCUGUAUAGUUUCAAUGAGGACGGCUCUGCUUGCCCCUUGGUUGAGAUCCAAAGAGGAGAUACUUCUGCAGUCCUGGACAUGAAAUGGUGCCACAUCCCGGUGGCUGGCUGUGCCCUCUUGGGUGUGGCAGAUGCUGGUGGAUCCAUAGAGCUGCUCCGCUUGGUGGGAUCUGAGAACACUUACACACUACAGCCACUUUCUAGCUUCGUCCUCGAGAAGGAGUGUCUGGCUUUGUCCCUCGAUUGGUCCACUGGGAAAACUGGAAGAGCCAGUGACCAGCCCUUGAAAAUCAUUAGCAGCGACUCCAAAGGGCAGCUCCACCUCAUAAGCGUGAACGAGGCGGGGCCCGGACUGCAGGAUGUCGCCACAUGGCAGGCCCAUCACUUCGAGGCCUGGAUUGCUGCUUUCAAUUACUGGCAGACAGAAAUCGUGUAUUCAGGUGGGGAUGAUGGCCUCCUGAAAGGCUGGGACACCAGGACCCCUGGCACAUCUUUGUUCACCAGCAAGAGACACUCCAUGGGUGUGUGCAGCAUCCAGAGUAGCCCCCACAGAGAGAACGUCUUGGCCACGGGAAGCUAUGAUGAGCAUGUUCUCCUGUGGGACACUCGGAACAUGAAGCAGCCAUUUGUAGACAUGCCCGCGCACGGUGGGGUGUGGAGGCUCAAGUGGCACCCUUUCCACUACCACCUGCUCUUGGCAGCAUGUAUGCACAGUGGCUUUAAGAUCUUCAACUGCCAAAAGGCAAUAGAGGAGAAGCAGGAAGCAUAUGCAGUCUCUGUGUCCCAUACGUUGCCCAACUCACUGGUGUAUGGAGCUGAUUGGUCCUGGCUCUACUUCCACCAUCUGCCAAAGACUCAGCAGUCAUUCUGCUCAGGGUCUUUUCCCUGCAGCGACCCAGGAGCCAGAACAGCAGAUCUGGUCUAUAACCUGAAGGUUGUGGGCCAGUCGCCUGCUGCCUCUUCUGAUCGUUUAGCAGCCGACGAUAAAGAUGGCCAUAGCAAACCCCAGAGUGGAGGCAAACCGAGGACUGCCCUCCAGCCACUCUCAGAGGACGUGAAGAGCGGCAGCCAGCUGCACACUGCAGAGGCCACAAUCUGUGACUGUGGCCUCUGUCUGCAGGCAGCAAACUUGGACAUCAACCUUCUAGCCACGUGCUCCUUUUAUGAUCACGUUCUUCACCUCUGGAAGUGGGAGAACCGCUGAGCUAGGGAAGAGUUUGCUUGGUUUGAAAUCAUUAAGACCAUUUCC